GCGCACCCCGUCUCGCAGCUGGAGCGGUGUUUGCUGGUGACGUGAACUCAACCAGUCUCAAGCAUCUGGGGAUCGGGGCGACAUCCUUGGUCUGGUUUGCAAGAGGACCCGCACGCCUCCAGCUGGGGCAGAAUUGGAAGAUUCAGAAAGGAAAGUUGGGUAGGCGGGGAAGGAAGGGUGCAAAAGUGACACUGUGCCAGGGUCUCCAGGGCCGCGGAACUCCGUGACAGGCAGCGCCUUCCGAACUGCACAAACGCGUGGGGCGGGCGUGUCUGGAUCCGGAAGUUGCCUCUGCCCUCACCAAAGAUGGCGGCCCCGGCGCCGCUCGCCCACCUCUCGUAACCAAUGGAACCGCGGCGCUCGGCCGAUUCUCGCGGGCGCCCUCAGAUCUACGCUCUCUGAUGCAACGCCGGACUCGCGGAAACCGCCGGUGCACGUUGGAGUCAUAAGACGGCGGGUGUUGCAGUCUGUGUCCUUGGAGGUGACCAGGGCCACUGCAGGCAUGGUGCUAGCAGAGCUGUACGUCUCUGACCGAGAGGGAAGCGAUGCCACGGGAGAUGGAACCAAGGAGAAACCAUUUAAAACAGGUCUAAAGGCUUUGAUGACAGUAGGAAAAGAACCAUUUCCUACCAUUUAUGUAGAUUCACAAAAAGAAAAUGAGAGGUGGAAUGUUAUUUCUAAAUCACAGUUGAAGAACAUUAAAAAGAUGUGGCAUAGGGAACAAAUGAAGAGUGAAUCCCGGGAAAAGAAAGAGGCAGAAGAUAGUUUACGAAGAGAAAAGAACCUGGAAGACGCAAAGAAGAUUACCAUUAAAAACGAUCCAAGUCUCCCAGAGCCAAAAUGUGUGAAGAUUAGUGCAUUAGAAGGAUAUAGAGGCCAAAGAGUAAAGGUGUUUGGCUGGGUCCACAGGCUGCGCAGGCAAGGAAAGAAUUUAAUGUUUCUGGUGUUGCGAGAUGGUACAGGUUAUCUUCAAUGUGUCUUGGCAGAUGAGUUGUGUCAGUGCUACAAUGGAGUACUCUUGUCCACGGAGAGCAGUGUUGCAGUGUAUGGAAUGCUAAAUCUUACCCCAAAGGGCAAGCAGGCUCCAGGUGGCCAUGAGCUGAGUUGUGACUUCUGGGAACUAAUUGGGUUGGCCCCUGCUGGAGGAGCUGACAACCUGAUCAAUGAGGAGUCUGACGUUGACGUCCAGCUCAACAACAGACACAUGAUGAUCCGAGGAGAAAACAUGUCCAAAAUCCUAAAAGCACGAUCCAUGGUCACCAGGUGCUUUAGAGAUCACUUCUUUGAUAGGGGGUACUAUGAAGUUACUCCUCCAACAUUAGUGCAAACACAAGUAGAAGGUGGUGCCACACUCUUCAAGCUUGACUAUUUUGGGGAAGAGGCAUUUUUGACUCAGUCCUCUCAGUUGUACUUGGAGACCUGCCUCCCAGCCCUGGGAGAUGUUUUUUGUAUUGCUCAGUCAUACCGGGCAGAGCAGUCCAGAACACGAAGGCACCUGGCUGAGUACACACACGUGGAAGCCGAGUGUCCUUUCCUGACCUUUGACGACCUCCUGAACCGGUUGGAGGACUUGGUUUGUGAUGUGGUAGAUCGAGUAUUGAAGUCACCUGCAGGGAGCGUAGUGCAUGAGCUCAACCCGAACUUUCAACCCCCUAAACGGCCUUUCAAACGGAUGAACUAUUCAGAUGCUAUUGUUUGGCUAAAAGAACAUGAUGUAAAGAAAGAAGAUGGAACUUUCUAUGAAUUUGGAGAAGAUAUCCCAGAAGCUCCUGAGAGACUGAUGACAGACACCAUUAAUGAACCAAUCUUGCUGUGUCGAUUUCCUGUGGAGAUCAAGUCCUUCUACAUGCAGCGAUGUCCUGAGGAUUCCCGUCUUACUGAAUCUGUCGACGUGUUGAUGCCCAAUGUUGGUGAGAUUGUGGGAGGCUCAAUGCGUAUCUGCGAUAGUGAAGAAAUACUGGCAGGUUAUAAAAGGGAAGGGAUUGACCCCACUCCCUAUUACUGGUAUACGGAUCAGAGAAAAUACGGUACAUGUCCCCAUGGAGGAUAUGGCUUGGGCUUGGAACGAUUCUUAACGUGGAUUCUGAAUAGGUAUCACAUCCGAGACGUGUGCUUAUACCCUCGAUUUGUCCAGCGCUGCACGCCAUAACCAUUUUCUCCAGAAGCGUGGAGGAAAGAUUAUGAAAGGAACAGGCUCUUUAAAAAAGAAAACAAAAAGCCAGAAUCUUCCUUUUUUUGUUUCAUUGGGGUUUUCUCUUUCUGGUUCUUUCUACUACCAUAAAAACUAUGUCAAAUCACCUGAACAUCGAGUGAUAUUAAGAUUGUCAUCUUAAGAAAAAAUAUCCAUUACGAAGUUCGGGGAAGACACCUGGCAUGAAACUGUAGUUAGGGAUACAUUUCAGCAUUUUACUCACUUUAUUCAAGUUAUUCAUUUUAUUCAAGUUACAUGUAUAUAUAAUUCAACAAUUUUAGAUUAUGGUGUAAGAUACUCCAGUAACUUAUCUUUCUGUCCUUUUAAGUAUACCUGGAAUUCUUUGAUUUAUUUUAUUGCAUCAAUGAGUUAAAACAAAAAUCUGGGGGGAAGAAAUUGGCAAUAUCGUAUAAAAAUCUGCUCAUAUUAGAACACAGUAUAAUUCAGCAGUAGACACUAGAAUCAAAUGAAUAGUCUUUUGUACCAGUUAUUAAUCUUUUCUAACUCUGCUUAGCUGCUUAUAAUCCUGAGGCAUAGAAAUUGAUAUGGAAGGAUUUGUAAAAAUAGAAUUGCCUUAAAGGAUUUGAAGUAAGAGCAUAAUUUUGGGGAGAGUUUUUUAGUGAUUCACAAUAUCCCUCUUAGCAUUAGUUUAAGGUAAAGAGGCAGAUUGAUGUUCCCUCUUUCCUGGUAAUUCCUAAGUAACUAAGAAUAAGUUCCAAAAGAAAUUGUAGCUGGAAUCUUAGUAACAAUUGUGAGUGGCUGUUUGAGUUGCCCCCACCAUGUCCUUAGAUCUAAUCUGUGCUACCUUAUUAACUCACAGCAGGCUUACUAAAUGGCUUCAUUUCAGAUUUAGUUGAUUUCUCCACCAAAUGCAUGUCAUGUAUUCUCAAUAGGCCGUAUUCCCAGCAGUCAAUAAAUGAACAACAAUAAAAACUCUUUGCUGGCUUAAUUUUCUUAAAGCUAAA